AUGACUGGAAACAAUCAACCAACCGAUGUGAUUUCUAUCGACUCGGAUGAUGAUCUGGAGGCGACACAUUAUUCGACCCCUGCAAGCAAUCGAGGUCCUGCCAAGCCGCAAUACACGACGCCAAUCAAGUCAGAAUUUACGCGCACUCUUGCUGGGCCAUCAGGUGCGGUGAAAGCUGAUUCCGUGGAGAGUGACUCUGAUGGGUUUAAUGAUGGCGAGACCGCCUACAAGAAGUUCAAGGACCGCAGAUCCCUGAAGCGCAGGCAGACUGCUGCGGCUACGCGCAAAGCUAAAGCUCCUAGGAACGAUACAGAUGCAAUCGUUGGUCGUGUGAAGCAAGAGCGACCAAAGCCUGUCCAGAAGCGCCCAUUAAAGCAAUAUGCUGAGGAUUCUUCGGAAGAUGAACUCCUUGAAGAUGCAUUACCUGGCUAUUUGAAAACUCGCCGCGAUGAAUUUGAUCGCAAAAAGGAGCACUUGCAAGAUCUCGGUCUAAAAUUGCCGCCAUCCUAUGAUGAUGUCGAUUUCUCCGAUGACGAACGACUGGAAGAGCUUCAAGAACGGCCUGUUUUUCUAGACACUGAACCGAAACAGGAAUACGAAGAUAUUCAGCUUCCGUAUUCUCUCGGUAUCAUUCCCGCGCCAAUUGCCCAGUGGCUUCGCCAGUACCAAGUCGAAGGUACUGCGUUUCUUCACGAGCUUUUCGUGUAUCAAAAGGGCGGUGUCCUUGGCGAUGAUAUGGGCCUCGGAAAAACCAUUCAAGUCAUUGCUUUUUUAACCGCCGCCUACGGCAAGACAGGAGAUGAACGAGAUGCCAAGCGCAUGCGAAAAAUACGGAGAUCUGACGAUAGCGCGUGGUACCCACGUACCCUCAUCGUGUGCCCUGGAACAUUGAUUGCCAAUUGGAAGGCUGAGUUUGCAAGAUGGGGUUGGUGGCUUGUUGAUAGCUAUCAUGGUGAAAAUAAGGACAUAGCUCUUCAUGCAGCUAAGUCUGGACGGGUGGAGGUCUUGAUAACUACAUACACCACCUACAUGAACAACAAGGGCUCAAUCAACAUGAUUGACUGGGACUGCGUGAUUGCAGACGAGUGUCACAAGAUCAAGGAGCGCAAGUCGGAAACCACCCAAUCUAUGAACGAGAUCAAUGCGCUGUGUCGUAUUGGUCUCACCGGCACUGCCAUUCAGAACAAAUACGAAGAGCUAUGGACUCUUCUCAACUGGACUAACCCUGGGAUGCUAGGUCCAGUCUCCACCUGGAAGGCCCAGAUUUGCGAGCCCUUAAAGAUUGGUCAAUCACACGACGCAACCUUGAGUGAGCUCAGCAGAGCUCGAAAAACGGCCAAGAAGCUGGUUGAGAACCUGCUUCCCCAGUUCUUUAUCAGAAGGAUGAAGACACUGAUUGCAGAUCAGCUGCCUAAAAAGAGCGAUCGAGUCGUUUUUUGUCCUCUGACUGAGACUCAGGCCGAAGCUUACGAGACUUUCCUUGACAGUGAUAUUGUUGAGUACAUUAAAAACUCAACACUUCCGUGCGACUGUAUGUCAGGAAGGAAAGCUGGGUGGUGUUGCUACAAACACAUUCCAGACAGAGAUCCUCCUGCAUGGCAGUCUUAUGUCUUCCCUGCUAUCACCGUUCUUCAAAAGCUCAGCAAUCACCUGGCUAUUCUGAUCCCCCAAGGGGCAGACCCGAAAGACAAACAGGAGAAGGACAAGGUCAUGUUAGAACUUGCACUCCCUACCAAGUGGGAAGAUCUGUAUCGCUCGCGAGACUCAAUUGUGAAUUAUGCAAACCCUGAUUUCUGCGGAAAGUGGAAAGUCCUUCGGAAGCUGUUGAAAUGGUGGCAUUCCAACGGGGAUAAAGUCCUCAUCUUCUCACAUAGCGUGCGGCUUCUAAAGAUGUUACAGAUGCUAUUCCAUCACACUAGCUACAAUGUCAGCUACCUGGAUGGGUCCAUGAGCUACGAUGACCGUGCAAAAGCAGUUGACCAAUUCAACUCGGACCCCGGGCAAUUUGUUUUCCUGAUUUCAACCAAAGCCGGUGGUGUCGGUCUCAAUAUCACAUCAGCAAAUAAGGUAGUAGUGGUCGAUCCAAAUUGGAACCCUUCAUAUGACCUGCAAGCCCAAGACCGUGCCUACCGUAUAGGUCAGCACCGUGAUGUCGAAGUUUUCCGACUCAUCUCUGCCGGAACGAUUGAAGAAAUUGUCUACGCUCGCCAAAUUUACAAACAGCAGCAAGCAAAUAUCGGCUACAACGCCAGCUCGGAGCGCCGCUACUUCAAGGGUGUACAAGAAAAGAAGGAUCAAAAGGGUGAAAUCUUUGGUCUGCGCAAUUUCUUCGGUUAUCAGAACAACAACAUCGUGCUGCGCGAUAUUGUCAACAGAACCAACGUCGCCGAAAGUCGAGCAGGCGUCGAGGUUGUUGAUGUAGAUCUAAAAGCUGAAGAUGAGGCCCACGACUUCACAGAACGACCCAUGAAGUCCGAAGACGAGGCAAUGAGCCAACUAGCUGCAAUGAUCUGCGAGGAUGAAGAAGAGAAGCCAAAGCCCUCGGCCUCAUCAAACCUCCCUACCCCUCACAAACAUGAUCCUGUCCAAGCAAUCCUCGCUGGCGCAGGUGUAGAAUAUACCCACUUGAACAACGAAGUCAUCGGAUCUUCACGAGUCGAAGAGGAUUUGAGUCGUCGCGCUAAACUUGCACCCGAGGAUACUACCGGUGAUCAGUUGGUGUUCAUGUCAUCCCAGCCUGUUUCUGAUAAAGCGAAGGAACCUGUGCGGUUCAGAUAUCAUCCUCCUGAGGAUGUGAGACGGCGUCAAUUUUGUAGCAUGGCGAGGCACCUUGGAUAUGCUGAUGCUACGGAGUUUGCACUUGUUGUUGAAAGCAUGACGCAGGAGCAGAGAAGGGCUUGUCUUGAUACCUGGUAUCGAGAAAGAAGGGAGCUUCUGCUUGCGAAAGAUGAGGAUGGUGUUAAGGAGGAAGAGAGGGUCAAGCGUGAGGCUCCUGGUGAGCACAUCAAGGAUGAGAAUAUCAAAGGGGAGGCGAGGAUCAAAGAUGAGCAGAUUCUGCUUUGA